AUGGCGACGGUCAUGCAGAAAAUCAAAGAUAUCGAAGAUGAGAUGGCCAAGACUCAAAAGAACAAGGCUACUGCUCAUCAUUUAGGGUUACUGAAGGCUAAACUUGCAAAACUGAGGAGGGAGCUCCUUACCCCUACAACUAAGGGAGGUGGAGGUGCUGGCGAAGGUUUUGAUGUUACUAAAAGUGGAGAUGCAAGAGUUGGUCUCGUGGGUUUUCCUUCAGUUGGCAAGUCUACUCUGCUGAAUAAAUUGACUGGGACAUUUUCAGAGGUUGCUUCCUAUGAGUUCACUACCUUGACAUGCAUCCCUGGUGUGAUCACAUACCGUGGAGCUAAAAUUCAGUUGCUGGAUCUCCCUGGAAUUAUUGAGGGUGCCAAGGAUGGAAAGGGUAGAGGAAGGCAGGUUAUUAGUACUGCAAGGACAUGUAAUUGCAUUUUAAUUGUUCUUGAUGCAAUAAAACCAAUAACUCAUAAGCGUCUUAUUGAAAAAGAACUAGAAGGAUUUGGUAUAAGGUUAAACAAAGAACCUCCAAACCUGACUUUUAGGAGGAAAGAGAAGGGUGGGAUUAAUUUCACUUCAACUGCUACAAACACCCAUCUGGAUCUUGAUACUGUGAAGGCUAUAUGUAGCGAGUACAGAAUUCAUAAUGCAGAUAUUACUCUAAGGUAUGAUGCCACUGCUGAUGACCUUAUAGAUGUCAUUGAGGGCAGUAGAAUAUAUACACCCUGCAUUUAUGUUGUGAACAAGAUUGAUCAGAUCACACUUGAGGAACUGGAGAUCUUGGAUAAGCUUCCUCAUUACUGCCCUGUCAGUGCACACCUGGAGUGGAAUCUUGAUGGGCUUCUCGAUAAAGUUUGGGAGUAUCUCUGUUUAACUCGUAUUUAUACUAAACCAAAAGGUAUGAAUCCUGAUUAUGAAGACCCUGUAAUAUUAUCGUCUAAGAAGAAGACAGUUGAAGACUUCUGCGACCGCAUUCACAAGGACAUGCUUAAACAGUUUAAGUAUGCUCUGGUCUGGGGUUCAAGUGCAAAACACAAGCCUCAAAGAGUCGGCAAGGAACAUGAACUUGAAGACGAAGAUGUUGUUCAGAUUAUCAAGAAAGUAUAA